AUGUUGUUCAUAUACUUCUUGACAUUCCUCGUCAUUGUUUUCGUUGAUAGUUACAAAUGGUCUGAUCUUGAUAUUCCUUCCGAACAUUCAACCUACUUCUUCACAAGUAAUCCUUCUAUUCAUGCCCAAUGCCUCGCGGACAAAGAUCAAUGUCCUUAUUACGAGCAAGCUCAAAACCUUCCGUCACCGAAUGUAGCUUGUUGGGGUUAUGAACCUGAUUGUAAAAAUAUUGCUCCGCUUGUUCAAUGUCUUGAGGAUAGUCGUGGAUGGACCAAGACAAAAGAAGAACAAUUGACACAGUUUUGGCGUACAGCUGAUUUUGGUUAUAUCGCAGAAAAACGCAAGGAAUUGAGAGAAAUGUGUUCACCAUCACCGUCGUCUUCAUUAGAAUGUGUUGAUCAUUUACGUUUUUGUCGAGCUAGAAAUAUCUACAUCGAUUUUCGACAUACAGAAACAUCGAAACAUCACAACCGAUACCGGGAAGAUAUUCUCAAAUUCGGUGAUAUUGGCGGCUAUUGCAAAUUACAUCACGAUGAUUUCAUGAAAAAUGGUGAUCACAAAAGUCCAUUACAAAGUUGGUUUUCAGAAUUGCAAGUAUUCAAGGAAAUCAAUGAAACCGAUUCAUUCCAAUGUGAUCUAACCAUAACAAAACCAACGAUAUUUAUCAAACUUGAUAGUGGCUACAACAUGUACCAUCAUUUUUGUGAUUUCAUCAAUUUAUACGUCUCUCAACACAUGAACAAUACAUUUACAAAAGAUGUACAGAUUAUCCUAUGGGAUACGAGCAGUAAUGAUUAUUGGAGUUUCUUUUCAUCAACGUGGAAUGCAUUUACAUCGAACCAGCUGAUACAUAUCAAAGAAUUCGAAGGCAAACGUGUAUGUUUCGAAAAUGUCGUGUUUUCGUUUCUUGCUCGAAUGUUUUUCGGUUUCUAUUACAAUAUGCCAUUGGUACCAGGAUGCACCCAAACAAGUCUCUUUCGUUCAUUCCAGCAAUACCUAAUCCAUCGACUUCGAAUCCCACAGUUAGGUCCAUUGAAAUCUAAUCAAAUACGUAUAACAUUACUGAAUCGAACGACACAAUUCCGUCAAAUUCUCAAUGUCAAUGAAAUUGUUGAACAUUUGAGAAAUAUCUCCAGUAAUGGAAAUAAUGAUUACCUUAUUAAUGUGGUAGAUUAUAAUAUCAACAUGCCAUUUAUUCAACAAUUAAAUAUUACUCAUAAUACAGAUAUUUUCAUGGGAAUGCACGGUGCUGGUUUAACUCAUUUGCUCUUUUUACCUGACUGGGCGACAAUUUUCGAGAUCCAUAAUUGUGAAGAUAAAGAUUGUUAUCAAGAUCUUGCUCGUCUUCGUGGUGUCAAAUACUUCACGUGGGAGAAUGAAGAGAAAGCUUAUCCGCAAGAUGAAGGCAAACAUCCAACAUUGGGCACUCCACAUAAGAAAUUCACGAAUUACGCGUUUGAUAAACAUGAAUUUGCUCAUAUUGUACGCAGAAUGGUUAAAUAUGUGAAAGAACACCCGGCUUAUCGUUCCGCGAAACGAUCGAAAUACUCUCAGCCGAGUCUAUCAAUCGAACAACACGACGCAAAGUUGAGCAAAGAUGAAUUUUGA